AUGAGGCUGAGGUUUCUGGGCGUCGCUCUGUGGUUAGCGGGGGAUGCUUUUACCUUUCAUCACCACCAGGUGUCGCUCUUCAGCAAGAAGUGUGGAAGAGUACCAAUGAAAAAUGACAUAGAAGAAUCUCGAAUUAUAGGAGGUCACAGGGCUCAGUCUGGAUCAUGGCCUUGGAUAGUUAGCUUGCAGGUUAUGACAUUUGCUAACCAGUUUACACAUUUGUGUGGCGGGUCCUUAAUUAAAAAAAAGUGGGUCAUCACUGCUGCCCAUUGCCUGGAAAAUUACAGAGAUCCCCAAGUUUGGAGAGCUGUUGUUGGAGACAAUAAUCUUUUCCAAAGUGCUCAGACUUCCAAGAAAAUACAAAUUGAUACAAUCAUUAUCCAUCCACACUUUAUCCCUGAAAAGUAUAUAAAUGAUAUUGCACUUUUUCAUUUAAAAAGAGCAGUGAAUUAUAAUAACUAUAUUCAGCCAAUCUGCCUGCCGUUCUUUGAUUUUCUGCCAAAUUUGACUAGAAGAACAAGAUGCUUCAUAAGUGGCUGGGGCCAAACAAGAGAAAAAGGUCAUUAUUCUCCUACUUUGCAAGAAGCAGAAGUUCACUAUAUUCCUCGAAACACUUGCAAUAGUGAAGAAAGCUAUGAUGAAGUUGUUCCAUACACUUCAUUUUGUGCAGGAGAAGAAGAUGGAUCUGUCGAUACUUGCAUGGGUGACAGUGGUGGACCUUUAAUGUGCUAUAUUCCAGAGUCUAGAAGAUAUUUCCUAAUGGGAAUUACCAGUUUUGGAUAUGGCUGUGGCAAAAAACAUUUUCCUGGAGUUUAUACUAGGGUGCAGUUCUACAAAAUGUGGGUUAACGACAUACUGUCAGCAGCUGAAGACACAAAUAAAAUUAAAGUUGCACAAGGAAAGAUAAUGUUAAUUGUCAUCUUCAUCAUUCUACUAGUGGAUACAUAAAGCAGCACUGAGGUUAUAGUAAUUUCGUUUUGUAGUGAACCUAUCCUUUUUCAUCUCUGUACUUAACAAAGAUGAUAAUUAUUCAUUCUUUGAGGAAUUAACUGUCCUCAGGUUCUCGUGUCAACAAUUUUUGUUGACAUAAAAUGUAUGGUUCAAAAUUUAAUACUGAAUCACAUCCUUUCCAAGUGUAAGUGUAUCAAAUGUUUUAUUAUGUAAUAAUAAUAAUUUGUAUUUAGAAUACCU